GCCCUUCCCCUGUUUAGUCUCGUCCCACCCCCGUAUGAGUGGACCACGCCCCCUUAGCUGUAGCCCCGCCUCUCUAGACUGUUUUGGUUAUGGAGUCAGCCCAGCCCCCCUUCAGGCUGAUUCUGUCUACAUCUGAGAUGGCCCCGCCCUUCAGGAUCAGUUUGAAUGAGGAGCAGCUGGGACCAGCCGGCUGGGUGGGACGACCGCAAUGGCCCAAGCGAAAUCUAGACCUGGAUUUUUCGGCCACGGAGGCCAGGAUUCCAGAUCCGGGUACACUCGGCCUUCGAGGGCCCAGACUCCGCUUUUGUCACCCCUUCUAAAGCUGGCUUCGUGGGAGCUCUCCGUGGUGCUGAUCUCAUGCGCUCCUGUCCACGGUGCUGAAUUCCGAGGGCAGCGUUGGGGGCUGAGGUCAGGGGAGAGAAAGGAUUGGCGAAAGGCAUAGCCCAAAGCCUGGACAUAUCUGACACACGAGCACCUUGGCUUACCCAAAAAUGGACAAGAGGAAGGUGGACAUGGCCUGCAGGGGCCACACUCGACCCAGGGGCCUGCCCUGGGCCCUAAGACUGACCCUGGUGUGGAUCCUGCUGGGGUUCUGUGGAGGGAGCCGCCCACUCCCAGCUCUGUCCCGGAGACACCAUAGGCUGGCGACCGAUUUCGGCACAGUCCAGCUGCACCUUGCGGAGAUGGACACGCCAGAGGCAUCGGACCCUGGGGCGGUCCCAGAACGCUGUGGGGAGCCGAGCCCUGGGUGCGAAUCCUUCCUGGGACAUCUCCAAGCUGCCCUCCAGAGUCGCUUCCGCCUGCUGUUAUUGGGGAUACGCCAGGCGCAGCCGCUCUGUUCUGAGCUCUGCGAUGUCUGGUUUGCCACCUGCGAAAGUGAUAUUACCUGCGGCCCAACUUGGCUUCCAUUCCCAGAAAAGCGGGGCUGUGAGCCUGGCUGCGCUACCUAUGAGCAGACCUUUGCCGAUGGGGCAGACCUUUGCCGCUCAGUCCUGGGCUACGUGCUGCCGGUAGCAGCUCCUGGCGCGGAUCACUGCCUCAACAUUUCCAUCUCGGUACUGCCGGGUCGCAGACACGAACGGAGGGCCCGGGAAAUCAGUUUCCCGCGGUCCCGCCGCUCCCGCACCUGGAUCCUGGAUGCUGCGGGCAGCGGGAGUGGUAGUGGAAGCGGCAGCGGCCCCUAGGGGGCGCUGGGCCUUGGAUGGAAGAUGCGUCCCUUCCCCCAACCCGGCCCAAGACACCCAGAGCGCCACCCCUCUCCCUCUCCGCUUUCUAGUUUCCAGAGUCCUGUCCCUCCUUCUGGAGUCCCAGAGACUAGCCCUUCUCCAGGUUAUUAGAGAAAUAGCCCAACUCUAGCUCAUUUUCCCCUCUUCCCCCACUGAAUAAAGUCGCCAGCUCGAAAGCA